AUGUUCCUCCUUCUGCUGUUUGGAAUCUGCUGCUGCUCAGGUGUGGGCGGAGCGUCUGAGCUGGCCUUCCUGAAAGAGCCCAAUGACGUCAUCGCAGUGAGAGACCGCCCCCUUUUGCUGGACUGUCAGGUGGAAGGGGAGGGGCCAAUCUCCAUCACCUGGAGGAGGAAUGGUGUGACCUUACCGACGGGCGUCCGGGCUGUUGUGCUCGGAAACGGAACGCUGCUCAUCAGGAACUUUUCUAAGAGGAGAGAGAGCAACGAGACAGAUGCUGGAGAGUAUGAGUGUGCAGCACAGAACCGAUACGGCAUGUUGGUCAGCCGGAAAGCACGGGUUCAGCUGGCAUUUCUCCCUAAAUUCUCGUCUCAUCCGGAGUCGGUGGCGGUGGAUGAAGGGGGCGUGGCCAGGCUUACCUGUCAGGUAAAUGGUAUUCCAGAGGCCAAUAUCACCUGGCAGAAAGACCGCCUCCCGCUCAGCACCGAUGACCCCAGGUACACGCUGCUUCCUAAUGGCAUCCUGCACAUCACUGGAGUUCGACGCACUGACAGUGGUUUCUUUCGCUGCGUCGCCACAAAUAUUGCCAACACACGCUACAGCCAUGAGGCUCAGUUGUCCGUCACUGUUGCAGGAUCCAAGAUCUACAAGGAGCCCGUCAUCCUAUCAGGUCCCCAGAACCUCACCAUCAACGUCCACCAGACAGCCAUCUUGGAGUGCAUCGCCACAGGAAACCCACGACCCAUCGUGUCCUGGAGUCGCCUUGACGGGCGUUCCAUCGGUGUGGAGGGGAUCCAGGUGUUGGGAACCGGAAACCUGAUGAUCUCCGACGCCACUCUGCAGCACUCCGGAGUCUAUGUGUGCUCCGCCAACAGACCGGGAAGCAGAGCGAGACGCACGGCGCUGGGAAGACUAGUGGUGCAAGCUCCUCCAGAAUUCGUCCAGUGGCCUCAGUCCGUCUCCAGACCAGCAGGAGGAAGCGCUGUCUUCAGUUGCACAGCGUCCGGCGCCCCUGAGCCUCACCUCAUCUGGCUGAAGAACGGCAAACUGCUGACACCAAGCGGCAAUGUCAAACUGACCAACGGCAACACGACUUUAGCCAUCACUCGUAUCACCGCUGAUGAUGAGGCUAUCUACCAGUGCAUAGCAGAAAACAGCGCCGGCACUAACCAGGCCAGCGCCCGCCUCGCCAUCAGCCAGAGCGCCGAGCUGCCUGAGGCCCCUGUGGGCCUGAAGGCCAUGGCCCUGAGCCCCAUCAGCCUGCAGCUGACCUGGGACCAGCCGAGUGAGAGCGUCAGCCAGCAGAUCAUUGGAUAUGUCUUACACAUCCGUCGCCUCGGAGAGCCGGACAGUGCAGAGCUGCAGGAGGCUGUGAGUAAAACCACCUUCAAACAUGAGUUCUCCAACCUGGAGGCAGCGACCACCUACUCCAUCUAUCUGAAGGCAUACUCUGCUUUGGGAGGCAGCCAGCAGUCCAGCACCAUCACCUGUACAACACUAGGGGGCGUUCCCAGCUCUCCCAGUUUCUUCACCAAGGUGCUGAACCAGACAGCUAUGCAGGUGUACUGGGAGCUGCCCAGUAAGCCCGGUAAGCUGGAGGGCUUCAGACUGGAGUACCACGGGGUCUCCCACCCGGAGCUCCAGGGACAGGAGACCUUCCCAGGACACAUCAACACCCACACCAUCUCCCACCUGGAACCGGCUGCUGUGUAUGAGAUCCAACUGGUGGCGUUUAAUGGAAACGGAGACAGUCCUGCAAACCGACGCCUCGUGUCUCUGUCUGAUGGAGAGAGCUCCUCCACAGGUGAUCAGAACUGUCACUGCGACCAAAGCGAUGGCUCCACCUCCACUCUCCUGGUCGGCAUCCACAGUGGCCUUGCGUGCAUCCUCUGCUGCCUCCUCUUCAUCCUCCUGGGAUACCGCCGCAGUUUUCUGUGCAGGAAAGCGGCGACCUGGGAGGCCCCGCCCACUCUGAACGGGGUCAGAGGGAAUAAAGGUCAAACAACUGAGAUCAUUGAACUGAACCAGCGAUGUGACUCGGCUCCUCCUCCAGUGAUGGUCAUGGUUGAACCGACUUCAGCGAAUACAGGCACCGGAUAACAACCUCAUGUACACUGUACUACCUCCCCCUCCUCC